AUGGGCCCGAAGAUGCUCGCGGGACCAUUGUCGGCCUGCUUUUCGGGCUCGCUCGCCGGGCUCUCGCUCGGUCGCUCAUUCUCUACCACCUCUCCUGCCCUCGAUUGGCUCACGCCCAAGUUCGCCGAGAAGUCCAAAUCCCCCAAGGGUCGCCCUCAUGUCGCAACGGGUGGAUCAACCCGAGGAACAACGGUGGUGUGGGGAGAUUUUGGACUGCGCAUGAAGGAUCACGACCGUCGGAUGCCUUCAUCAGCACUCAAGAUCGCAGAAGAGACCAUCAAGCGGCGGCUUAGGGGGAUGAACUACAAGCUCUACAAGCGCGUGAGCGCCAACAUCGGUGUCUACACUAAGGGCAAUGAGCAGCGUAUGGGUAAAGGAAAGGGAAAGUUCGACUACUGGACCGUGCGAUUGCCCGUGAGCCGGGUUGUUUUUGAGUUGAAGGGCGAUAUCCACGAGAAGAUCGCUCGGGAGGCAUUCAGACUGGCGGGCCACAAGCUGCCUGGUCUCUGGGAAUUCGUCAAGAAAGAUGACCCGCCAGUGGUCGGAAUUACAAAACUCGGCAGGGGCGUCACCCUCGAGACCCUCAAGCGAGCACGCAAGGACCCUCCUCUGGACUCCGACGCGAAAAGCGUCUCGUCCAGCACCUCCCCGUCCCAAUAA